UAACGUUCGCCAACCGGAAAUAACCUUCAAAGACGACGAAGCAGAAAACUGAUUUCCGGCAACUAUGGCAUCGUACUUUUUACUACGCUGAUUUAAAAACAACAGAGACCAACGUUGAGAAGUUUAUUAGUUGUUUUUUAUUAAUUUCACAGCUAUAAAGGUGUCACCUGGGUAACGGCGUCAUGGAAACAGAGGAGCAGGCCAGGAACCGUUUCCAGUCCGAGCUGGAGUUCAUCCAGUGUUUGGCCAACCCAAACUACCUGAACUUUUUAGCUCAGAGAGGUUUCCUGAGAGAGAAACCCUUCAUCAACUACCUGAAGUACCUGCUGUACUGGAAGGAGCCAGAGUACGCCAAGUUCCUCAAGUACCCCCACUGCCUGCACAUGCUGGAGCUGCUGCAGUACGAGCACUUCAGGAAGGAGCUGGUCAACGCCCAGUGCACCAAGUUCAUCGACGAGCAGCAGCUGCUGCACUGGCAGCACUACUCCCGCAAACGCACCCGGCUCCAGCAGGCGCUCGCCGAGCAGCAGCCGGCGCAGCAGCAGCAGCAGCAGCUGCUGCCGCCGCAGCACGGCAACGCCACCGCCAAGUAGCGGUUGGGCCGCCAAAGCCACGUGGGAUUGGUGGGAUUGGGGAUGAGGGGGGAUGGGGGGGACAGGAUGUCGAAAAAGGCUUUUUUUUUUGGAUGAUCAGAAGUGUGGAUUAUAGACUAUAGAGUGACUGGCUCGUGCUGCGUUUCUGGGCCAUCGGUGUUAUCAACGCUUAUCAGUUCAGGGUUGUUGCUUUUUUUUUUUUUUUUUUUUAA